UGUGCCCUCACAACCUGGAGGCCAGACAUCAAGGGGUGGGCAGAGCUGGAUCCUUCCGGGCGGCCCCAGGGAGCGUCCGCGAGGCUCUCCCCAAGCUUCUGGAGGUUUGCCGGCCAUCUCUGGGGUUCAUUGGCUUGUGGAUGCAGCACCCCGGCCUCUGCCUGCGACUUCGCAUGGCCUCCCUUCUGGGCAUGUCUCUGUCCAAAUUUCCCCUUCUUAGAAGGUCACCAGUCAUGCUGGAUGGGGGUCCAGGGUGGCCUCACCUUAGCUACGUCUGCAAGAAUUCUAUUCUAAAUGAGCGUCCGUUCUGAGGUGCGGGGCUCUUAGGACUGCAGCCUAAGGGUCUGGGUGGACACGGAUGCCACAAUGGGGUGCCACGAGGGAAGAGUGCGGUGUGCAGAACCAGAACGUGGCGCCUGUGAGGUGCUCAGCAGAUUGAUCCCCAUCCCGAGUCCCUACACCUCCCCGCAGCCACACGCGGCUUACAGCCCCCUGGGACUCAGGUUCAGCCGCGCCGUUGACCCAGAGUUUCUCCUUUCCCGCAGCCUCCACUCCCACACGCCUGCAGGGAGGGGGUGGUGUUGGCAAGGUUCAACACCCUGAUGUGACGUGGCCACCGAGGGCCAAGGCCCUGCCUCAGGUGGCCUCCUGCUACCCGCACCCCCCGCCCCCACACGGUCUCCCGUUGGCCUCCGGGCUGCUCGCACCCCAGGGCCUUUGCACUUGCUUCUCCUUAGUCUGCAGCACGGUUCCUCCAAACGGCCACAGCCACGCUGCUCGGUCCUGCCUCCCUCGGGUCUGCCGGCCGUCGCCUCCGCCCGAGGCCCUCCCCGACCACCCUGCCUGCGCCCCCCGCACCACUCUGCAUCCCUCCUCCGACCCCUGGCUUUAUUCCCCCUCGUAGCUUCGUUUCUUGCGGUAAAAUACUCAUAACAUAAACGUCACGUUUUAAUGAUUUUUAGCGCACCGUUCAGUGGCAUCGAGCCCUUUCGCGGUCACCCCCCCCCCCAUACCCAAGACCCUUUCCAGCCUCCCAGACUGAAACCCUGCCCCCAUUGCACACGAACUGCCUGCUCCCCCGACCCCCAGCCCCUGGCGCCCACCGUCCUGCUCGCUGUCUCUGUGACGAGCCCGGGGACCUCAUGUGAGUGGAAUCCCACGGGGUUUGUCCUUUGGUGUCAGGUUCAUUUCACCGAGCGCGACGUCCCCCGGGGUUGAUCCGUGCUGUGGCACCGGGUCAGCAUCCCCGUCCUGUGGGAGGCCGGAUCCUCUCCCGCCGCGUGAAUAGGCCGCCUUCUGUUUCCCCACCUACCCACCCGCGGACACCAGGGCUGUUCCGCCCGUUACCGUCGUGCCCCGUGGCCGCCGUGAACGUGAGUGUGCCAGUGUCUGUGUGCGUCCCGACCAUCAGCUCCUCAGGGCGCGUCCCCCGGAGCCUCGCAGCGUUUUAAAUAUUCAUCUGCUUGUCUGCGCUCCGUCGCUGGAAGGCACGCUGGGCGCGGCCAGAGUCCCCGCGGUUCCACUUGGCGUCUGUUUCCUCCACUGCUGUGCCCCCCGAUGCCCGCAAGGUGCCGGGCUCCGGGCCGACUGGCGGAGGGGCUGAUGGGAGGCACUGCCAGCGGCCCAGCGGGGAGACCCGGGUCCCGCGGGCCCCCGGAGGUGCCCCGGCCCUUGCCGACCGCCCCCGGCCCGCGCUACGUGGCCAUUCUCGCCCCCCUGCGCUCCGGGCGCCGGCCCACCGGCCGCAGUCCCUUCCGCACCUGAGCCAUCCGUCCGCCUUGGAUCAAGUCUCAUUUUGCCGUGCAAAGAAGCGGAGGUGACGGUGGCCUGGGGGGGGGGGGGGAUCAUUCAUUCCAGAAAUGAACUUGGAUGGCAUGGUCUCCAUCAGCCCCGGCCCGGCCCCGGCUCCCAGCGCACACGCGUCCCCGCCCGUGUCCCCCCCGCCGGCCAGUGCCUGCACCCGCAGGCGAGGCGGCCCACACCCGGCCUCUCCCGGAUCUCGUUACCCAGGUGGCUCUCGACGGACCGAUGCAAGCCGAAUGAUGACCAGUUGUGGCCAGCAGUCCUUGAACGUGCUCGCUGUCCUCUCGUUGCUGAUUUCUGCAGUCUUGUCCGCGCACUUCCGAGUCUGUGAGCCAUACACGGACCACAAAGGCCGCUAUCACUUCGGCUUCCACUGCCCCCGGCUCUCGGACAACAAAACCUUCAUUCUCUGCUGUCACCAUAACAACACGGUUUUCAAAUACUGCUGCAACGAGACAGAGUUUCAGGCGGUGAUGCAGGCGAACCUCACGGCGGGGUCCGAGGGCUACACGCACAACAAUUACACCGCCUUGCUGGGAGUGUGGAUCUAUGGCUUUUUCGUGUUCAUGCUGCUGGUCCUGGAUCUUUUGUAUUACUCGGCAAUGAACUACGACAUUUGCAAGGUUUACCUGGCGCGGUGGGGCAUCCACGGACACUGGAUGAAACAGGACCCCCGGCGGUGGGGCAAUCCUGCCCGGCCCCCGCGGCCAGGGCAGCCGGCCCCGCAGCCCCAGCCUCCCCCGGGGCUGCUGCCGCAAGCCCCGCAGGCCGCGCCCACGCUGCAGGGAGAUGCUCACCACCCACCACUGAUGACCUUCCAGAGCUCGUCUGCCUGAAAACCCUUUCGCCGUGCCUCAGGAUGGGGGAGGUGAGACCCGAAGCGCCCGGCACGACCUCCGAGAAGAACCACGUCAGCAGAGACCCCAGGGAGAGCCGAGGUGGCUGCAGCGGUGGCACAGGAGGGAAUGCCACCUGUGCCCCCAACCCCCUUCCGUGGACUUCUAAGACUAGGAGCAAACUCAGGGGUGGGGGCCGGGGGCCGUAAGGGAGGGAGGGGGUCGUGAGCCACCCGUUCGUGAGCAAUAGUCCCGUUCUGGGCCGGUGGCUUCUGAGAGGUGACGCCAACGUGGACUCAGGAUGGGCAACACAGAGCCACUCUAAUGCAAGCCUGUGCGAUGUACCCGUGGGCCCCUUGCCUCCGCUCCCUCCAGUCGUGGCCUGUGGGCCUUUCCGUGUCAGAAUACUGAAUGUGAGUGUGUGUGUGUGUGUGUGUGUGCGCGCGCGUGUGUGCGAUUUGGGGUGUUCUUUUUGUUUGCUGAGUCUCUGUUGGGGUCCCCGAGCCUUCUUAUGGGCAGAGGUUCCCCUGUGCUGGGGGUCCUUGCCGGCGUCCCGGGGCAAGCUUUAUCGCCACAGCUGGCAGCUGGGACCCAGCUGGCAUCAGCAGUGUCUCAGAGGCCACUGGCGCUUCGCAAAUGCUAGUGAGGGUUUGCGCUCCUGGAAUUUAUUCCUGUCGCAACGUGGUGACAGGAGACGCGUCUUGGGCCACCCAUGGCGCAGGCACUCGGCCGCGUGUCUUGGUGUGCCCGCUCUCCCGCUGCCUGGGAGGGGGGUGUGGUGAGCCCCCUGCAGAAACGGCUCUGAGGAAUGAAGGUGCCAGGGUCACAAGGCCAGGAGGAGGCCGUCCCCUCUGUUUGGUCUUGGGGGUGUGGGAACCCAAAGUCCAAGCUCCCAAGCCCAGGGCCCCCCAGCGCAGUCCCUGGGAAAUCUCUCCAGUGGCUUCUCGGUGGACUGGCUGUCGCCCCGAGUCCUCCGCCCACCACUGCCCUGAAACCCGCAUCCACACAGCACAUCCUGGUUAAGCACCUGCUGUGUGUCAGGCCCCAGGCCGGGCCGUGACGGGGACCAGCCCUGAGGCAGGCGGGCUUUGCCUCUGCCCUGGUGGGGCCACCAUCUGAUGGGAUAGACAGACACACAGAUCUGUGCUGGACAGGGGGCCGUGGGAGCCCCCGGGGAGGGGGACGUUUUCUAGAAACCAUUCUAGUUUAAGGUGAGGCUUCCAGGAACCCGGUGCCUGCGACAUCCGUCCACAGAGCUCCCUACCACCACCCCCGCCCCUGCUGGCCCAGGGCACACACAGGGAAGGGCAUUGCCCAGGAAAUGAUCACAUGAAUCCCCCAAGGCCACACUGCCGGUGUAGACGCCCUCGUCCUGCUAGUGUCAGCGAUGACCAGACCUCCCCCAGCUCUUGACUCGGUGGCCCCUGCUCGAUACACGGGUGUCCCCCUGAUGGCACCUCCUCACCUAGCCAGACCCGGUGUUCUUGCACGCGGACUAUCUGCCCUUCAGACACAGCAAGUGAGCGGGCGGGCCCCUGCUCGUGGCGCUGGUUUCACGGCUGGGGAGAAGCGGGUGACGACUGAAGAUGCUACCAAUGGCGACCGGCGCGUGGCCGAGAGAAUUCCGUCCAAACCGUCCGUGGGUGAGCGUCUCGCUGAGAAGCGAGAGUCAGCCACGGGCCUUAAAGCCAGGGGGAAGGCGACCCAGUACAAAAGUCCUGAGGCAGCAACACGCUGGAUGGAUUCGAGGAGCCGGAGAAACCCAGGGUGGCCGGGACCCAGAGGGAGGGCAGAAGGGGCGGAGGGUGAGGGAGUCCGUAAGGCUGCGCACGCAACGGCCCGUCCUUGGACGAAGCGCUCUCCGUGUCCCUUCCACAGCUGCAUAAAGAAGGGACGCUGCUCGUUUCGUGGACUAAGGCUGAGACCCCGAUGGCCCCCGUGGCUUGCCACAGGCCGUGGGGGACCAGAUGCACGGUUUCCGUGCAUCUCCGCAGACUGGGGCGCCCGAGCGCAUGGCUUGGCAGGGGCAACAUGGGAAAACGUUGCUUGGGGUCUUGAGUAGGGCUGGGCGUGUCUUCCCUUCCCCGGGCACCGCGGGGGGCCUUGGAGAGGCAGCCGUCCCCGCCCCACCCCUCCCCGGCGGGUCACCCCUCACCUGUAUGCAUCCUAGGUGCCGAGCUUCGGGAAUCAGGGGGACCUGAGGGUCGGGGGUGGGGCGGCCACAGAGACCCAGAUUCUGACAUCAGCGGUACCCCAAGAGCAGUGGGACCUCGGGCAAGUCCUGUGCUUCCUCUGCCCUCAGUUUACCCCUCGGGAAGAGGAAGGAGUCAGGCCAGGGAUGUAGGGGGCUGCGCGUCUGGCUUCCCGUGGUUGUGGGUGACCCACACACAGCUGCUCGCUCAGAGGCGCCUCCUGGGCCAAGAAGGAGCUGGCUGGCUGUCCCCACCCCCCAGGCCUGGAGGCUGCUAUCCCUUAGACCAUUCGGGGCUAGGACCCGCCUGAUCUGCAGCCCCGAGAGUUACGGUUUGCAAGGCUCUGCUUUGGGCCCCACCAGCAGUCUUUCUCGGGACUGACUGGUAACCCUGUGGGGGCUCGGGAUGGAACAUUCUGUCGGAGCGGAGGCCUCCCAUACAUAGCUCGGCAGACAUCAAAGACGCGGCAGGCCAGUGCGGGACAGCCUGCCGGGCAGAGCGCGUGGCGGGCGGGGACCCACAGCAGCGCCCCUUCCCAGCUCCUCUCCGACCCCCUGUGUCACCUGACGGGUGUGUGGGUCGGGUGGGGGGCGUGAGAGGGAGGGGCCGGCAGUCACGGCCUCCCAGGGGGGCUGAGAAGGCGCCCCGCGCGGCGGGCACGGGGACGGGUGUGCAGGUGCACCCCUCCCAGUGUCAAGGGCUCCUCAAGGGCCCGCAGGAGCCCAGCUCAUCCCAGCGAAAACCUGUCCCCAUCCUACUGUGGCAGGCCACCUUGCCAGUCAGUAGCGCAUCCCUGAGAACCAGAUAACGGGGUAGUGACGAGUUCCGGUAGAGAUUUACAGCGUUAGUGUUUUUUUAUUUUUAGCGACUCGCAAACCCGGGUGUUCAAGCUGCCUCUGUUUCCUUUUUACUGUGAGCUUCUGGCUUAUCACCACGUCAUUUGUAACAAUACCAGUAAUAAUAGUACAAACAGAAAAAUAAAAAGCAGAGAAAGGAGAAGACGACGUACCUUCCUGAAGAAUUUGUCCCCGACACCGGCCGGCCGGCCGGUCCGUGUAGCCGACGCCCCCUAUCCGUAAGGGGCCCCCCCCCCCC